ACAUUUUUCUGUUAUCUAUUACAGACCAAUGCCUUUUUUCUCUCCUCUAGUCUUUAUGGCUUAAAGUGAUGAAGAUGCCGGUUGCCGAUGAAAUACAAUCUUCUUGGGCUGAUGAAGUUGAGAUUGAUCAGGGUGCUCUUCCCCCACCCUCUGAAGUCGUCGAAAAUGGCUUAAAAAUUGUAACUGAAUACAAAUAUGAUAAUGAUAACAAAAAGGUUAAAAUAGUACGAACGUAUAAAAUAGAGAAGCGUGUAGUUUCCAAGAGUGUUGCAAAACGUAAAACAUGGAGUAAGUUUGGUGACUCGGCAAAUGAUAAACCUGGUCCUAAUCCAGCAACAACUAAUGUUGCAGAAGAUGUUUUUAUGCAAUUCAUAAGCAGCAAAGAAGAAAGUCAAAGACCCGAUGAUGGUGAAUUAGAUGGAUUGAAGCCACCAACUAGCAGUGUUGCAUUUAAAUGCCGUACCUGUCAAGGUGAACAUUGGACUUCAACUUGUCCGUUCAAACACACUCAGCUUGCCCAAGCAAAGGCAAAUGAAGCCGCUAAGGCAGCAGAGGCUAAAGCAGCUGCAUCGUCAAACAAAUAUGUCGCUCCUAACUUGCGUGAUGGUGCUAGCCGUGGAACGGGCCGUGAACCUCCUGGUGCAAGACGUGGUGAUGAUGUAGCAGCCAUUCGUAUCUCUAACCUGAGUAACUUUGCUGUUGAAGCUGAUCUUGAUGACCUAGUUAAAGGGUUUGGUCCAGUGCACAAGCUCUAUCUUGCCAAGGAAAAGAGUACUGGACUUUGCAAAGGAUUCGCCUAUGUUCAUUUCAGAUUUAAAGCUGAUGCUGCUAAAGCUAUUCAAACCCUUAACGGUCAUGGUUAUGAUCAUUUGAUUUUGAAUGUUGAGUGGUCUAAACCUCCACAAAAUAACUAAAUGUGUAUUUUUGUAAUCAAGCAUUAAUUAAACAUUUAUUAAGAGA